GGAGCCAGGAGCCGGGCAGCCAGGUUUGGUUGGGGCCCGGCCCGCUCACUGCAAUAUUGAUGGCCCAUCAGUGCGGCCCUGAUUCCUGUGCUUUCAGUUAAAAGGUUUCUGUUGUUGUAGCUUAUGCCGUUGCUCUGUUGCUAUGGAAACGUGACAUCAAAAUGACGUUUCCUGUUUAAAAGCUUUUAACUAAAUUCCUGCCUGUCAGAUGUAGGCCCCAUUUUGAGCGCGGAGCUGCCUUCGAGCUGGGAGCAGUGGCUGCCUCCCGCCCAUGGUGCACAGGGCUGGGCCUGGGGCCUCGCCUGAGCGCGGUCUUUAACCCCGCAGGUGCCUCCAGCAUGGCAGCAGCCGAAGUGCCCAGCUACCUCGUGUCUCCUCAGACGGAGAAGCACCGGCGGGCCCGCAACUGGACCGACGCGGAGAUGCGCGGCCUCAUGCUCGUCUGGGAGGAGUUCUUCGACGAGCUCAAGCAGACCAAGCGCAACGCCAAGGUGUACGAGAAGAUGGCCAGCAAGCUCUUCGAGAUGACGGGCGAGCGCCGGCUGGGCGAGGAGAUCAAGAUCAAAAUCACCAACAUGACCUUCCAGUACAGGAAAUUAAAAUGCAUGACAGAUAGCGAGUCCGUCCCGCCUGACUGGCCCUAUUACCUAGCCAUUGAUAGGAUUCUGGCCAAGGUCCCCGAGUCCUGUGAUGGCAAACUGCCGGACAGCCAGCAGCCGGGGCCCUCCACAUCCCAGACCGAGGCAUCCCUGUCGCCGUCCGCUAAGUCCACCCCUCUGUACUUACCGUAUAACCAGUGCUCCUACGAAGGCCGCUUCGAGGACGAUCGCUCCGACAGCUCCUCCAGCUUACUGUCCCUUAAGUUCAGGUCCGAGGAGCGGCCCGUGAAGAAGCGUAAGGUGCAGAGCUGCCACUUCCAGAAGAAGAAGCUGCGGCUGCUGGAGGCCAUGCUGGAGGAGCAGCGCAAGCUGAGCCGCGCCAUGGAGGAGACCUGCCGCGAGGUGCGCCGCGUGCUGGACCAGCAGAACAUCCUGCAGGUGCAGAGCCUGCAGCUGCAGGAGCGCAUGAUGAGCUUGCUCGAGAAGAUCAUCGCCAAGUCCAACGUCUAGGCUGGCAGGCAGGCGGCCAAGGCUUGCGGCCAGCGGUACGACGUAGGCCCGCUCGGGCCAGCUGGGCACAGGGUCCCAAGCCCAGGCAGGGUCCCAAAAGGGGAUGGCCUUCAACCUGGCCUCUAGGGGGCUGCUCCUGGGUCAGGAGGUCCCUCCUGGGGGGCUUUCCCAGGACCCCGUAGGCCUUAGGGAACUGUGAGAUCCCAGUCUCCAGCAUUAACGUGCUUCCUUAGACACAGGCCAUGGACUCCCAGGGUCCCUCCUACUAAGAUGGCCUGGAAUCUGCUCUCCAGUAUAGUCACUGUCGAAUACUUGAAAUGGCUUUUGAUAUCAAACGUGAACUUUUUCAUUACUGCCUGAGGACAGAGUCACUUUCGAGGGCUUGGAGGGGAUGCACUGGAUUGUUCUGUCCUGGAAAAAAAGCAAAUGGAAAUGGGUCCGGGGCAGGCUGGCUCCAUGGUGAGCGCCCUCCUGAAGCGGGGAUGGUCACGUCCUCCCUCACUGGAAUCUGCUGCACUUUCCCUCCAAGAGCCUCAGACACUCCACACACACCUCACAGAGCCCGGGCUGCCCUCCGGUGGCCCUUUUAUUCAUCCGUCUGGAAACCUUGGGUAUUUCCACCGCCUCCUUAGUUCUAACACUAAUAAAAGUAAUAACACCUGGUCACGAGCACUGCCCAUUUCAUUUCCCAGACUCUGGAGACACAUUGGUGAAGGGAACAAAGACCCUGGCCUUGUGGCACUUACGCUGCAGUGGACGGGAGACAAACGAGUAAGAUCCAGACACACAUGGAGCAGAGAAGAGCAGGCCACGCAGGGAAUGGGUGGUGCGAACACCUAGAGGCAGGAGGAAGCCUGAGGAAGACCCAGAGAGCUGCAAAGAGCCUGCGUU